UGUUAGCGUCUCUUUAUGGCGAUCUUUCACCUCACCAUGUUUUGUUUACCUCCUGGAAAUGUUCAAACUCAGCUAUAUUUGGUAUUAGUUGUUGUUGCAGUGACACGGUGCAGAGUGUUGCGUGGGGUAUGGGGGCGUGGCAAGUACAAACAUUAUAACAUGAUGGCAUCAGAUGGUAUGCUGUCAUUGUCAUGGAACAACCAUAAAGCUACGUUUUGCCACAUCCUUUCAACUCUACGUGAAAAGGAGAGGUAUACUGAUGUGACUUUAGCAUGUGAGGGUAAAUUCUAUCCUGUGCACAAACUUGUAUUGUCAACAUGUAGCGAAUACUUUGAGAAGAUGUUCGAGCAUACACCGUGUAAGCAUCCAGUUAUAGUUUUAAAAGAUGUAAAGCCAGAUGAAUUGGAGGCAUUAUUAAGUUAUAUGUAUGCUGGUGUUGUAAGUGUUGCUCAAAAUGACUUAGCACGUCUUAUCAAAGCUGCCGAGUUACUUCAGAUAAAAGGUCUUGCUGUGCCUGACGAACCGCCCAUGAAAGAAUGUGGCAAGAAAAAUUCGUAUCCGUGGAGUUCUCGUGAUGACAGAACCAGUCCCCAUCCAAAAAGACGACGACGGGAGGAGCCGGCUCCGUCUGUUCCACAAGGAGGGUCACAACCUUCAGAAAGUCCUCCUUCUUCUCCCCAUCAUCCAGAAUCAAAUAAUAGUUAUGAUCAGGCGAAAGCACAUGCGCAGGAACAAAGAGGUGAAGACAGUAUUGAUCAGCGGUUGAAUGAUCGAACAGAACAAACGGUUGACUAUAAUAACACAAAACAAGAAUCUUCACAUACUCAGGAUAAUGUAGAUGAGACUCUAGUCAAAGAAGAAAUUGUAGAUACUGUGGAUGACACUCAAGGGGAGAUGUUGGACUCUGGAAUGGAUUAUGGAUCUAUGGGUGGGGGAGAUUCGAGUACAGGAGGGGAAGAACAGGGUAAUAAAUAUGCCCAUCAGUUAGAUCCCAAGCAUCCUCAGCCACUCCCAGAAGCAGUUGUGGAGGCGUUAGCUGGGCCUUCGGGGAUGCAAGGGUGGCUUGGUACAGGUGAAAUUGGUGGAGGAUUUGGUAUGCUGGAAAGCUAUAGUGAAGAUGGUGGCCAGGAGGUUCACCCAUCUUCCUCUGGUCCACCUGGAAGUCAACAGGCCCACCAGAUGAUAAUGCUGAAGAGGAACGAACAAAGGAGUGCAUCACGUGCUGGGGCCUCGAGACACAAAGAAGUUGUGUGUGCCACAAACAAGACACACCGAUGUUCGUACUGUUCUUACUCCUCCACAAGGUCAUCAAAUCUUAAAAAUCACAUUCGUCUUCAUACUGGAGAAAAACCAUUUGCUUGUCCCCAUUGUCAUUAUCGAGCUACUACAAACAAUAAUAUGAUAUCACACAUUCGAACCCACACAGGGGAAAAACCCUAUUCGUGUAAAGUUUGCCCAUACCGAGCAAUAAAUGUCAAGACAUUGAAAAGGCAUAUGCUAACUCAACAUUGUUAUGUAUGAUGCUUAUUACAAUAAUCAAUUUUAUUCACAAUAAAAUAGCUCCUUCCUAAGUACAUCUGACUAACAGUAUAUAACCAAACAGUGGCUAGCUGUAAUUGUCUCUAGCAAGUGUAGAGAGGGUGAAGAAAAGCUGGCCUGUCAUUGACUGGGAGAACUGAAGUAAUUACUUAUUUGUAGUUAUAUAGUAGCUAGUCUUCAGUAUUUAAGCUUAUCAUAACUUUUUUAAAAUAUCCAGUGGGCAUAGCACUUACUACUCUUGUAACCCAUUUCAUUGUUUUAUAACUGUUUAUGGUAAGCUUUCUGAUAUUCUUUCAGCAGCUCUUCUAAAUUUAUUGCUUUGGCUUCUUGUAAAUUUGAAUUGGGUUACAAAAUAUUCCUUUUUAAUUCUUUAUUCCCUUUUAGAAUUAUAUUCAUAGUUUUUACCAAAGCGGCUGCCUCCUGCCAGAGCAGGAUGACACAUAGUAGAAAAUACAUUCACCAACAUUCACUCACAUGCCAGAAUAACCUACCACUUAUUUGAUACACUUGCAACAUCUCCCACAUGGUUUCUCCAGUCUACCUGAAUCCAUAAAUGUAACAAAACAGCUCCUUAACCUUAUCUAUAAGUCCUGCUCACUUGUAUGCUUCAUUGUAAAAACUUGGUCUACUCAUCUUCCCUUCUAAAUCCUCCCUGUUCUUGUGCAGUCCUACUGUCAGUCUUACCACUGACCCUUUCAGUAAUAAAUUUCAGUAAUAUAGUGUACCUGCAGACUUAUCCUAUCUGUAAUUUUUGUAUUCUAUCCUAUCCCCUUUUUCCUUGUACAGGGAACUAUGUAUGCUUUCUGCUAAACCUUUGGUACCUUCCCUUCUUUUAAGCAUAUACUGAACUAACUCCAAGCACUCCAAUGCUAUAUCCUCACCUACUCUUAGUAUUUCUGUCUUAACCCAUCUAUUCCAGUUGCUUUACCCCCUUUCAAUCUACCCACUGCCUCAUGCACGAUACUAUCCAUCCUUUCCUCUCCUCCUACCUGCAUGAAAUCCCUGCCUCCCCUUUAACAGAAACAUUCAACAACUUGUCAAAAUAUCCUCUCUAUCUUUUCAGUACUUCAACCUCUCCAUUAUAUGAAAAUUUAUUUAUUAGGCUUUCUUAGUUGCUUUUGAAUAAUUUUUUUUUUUUUUAUUUAGUCAUUGUCAUUGUGUGGUUGGGUCAUAUUUCAUUAUUUUGGUAUUUGAUAAUGAGGGCCAUAAUAGAAGGUUGAUAAACCUGGCAUAGGUGGUUAAGUGAAAAUUUUCCUGUGUCAGUGUUCUCUAAGCAAAUUAGUUUAAAUGAAUUGUCAUUAUGGUGAGCACUUUUUUGGAAUGGACAUGCCGUAAACAACAUCGAUAACCAAAAUAUACCAAUUUAAAUACAGCAUGUUUAGAGUGGAGGAGUUUUAUUGCAUUAUUUGCUAAAUGAACCUUACUCAUGAUCACCUAUUUGUGAUUAACUGUCACAGUUGCAUUAACAGAGCUAUGGUAGUGGUGUUGUCUGCAGUGUUUUAUCACAUGACUUUAUUUUCCUGUUUUUUUUUUUUUAUAUAUGUUUCAGUUUUUGUAGUACUGUAUGUUACUCUUUAAUCCCAUGCCAUUCCCACCCCUGCUCACCUGUUUCUGUCAUUUACCUCAGUUUUACCAUUGCUUCUGAAGCUGUGUAAGCAUAAUUAUCAUUCAGUUAUAAUGCAGUUAAUGAGGUUAGUAAUUUCUGUUCUUGCGAGCUGUAAGUCAUCAUUUAUCCAGCCUUUGAACUAUUCUCUUACAUUUUUAUGUCCCUUCUUGUACUUUCCAACAACUCUGCUUGAGUGCCUCCUUGCUCCCUCAGUUCCCAUAUUUUCUGUUCGCCAGUGCCACUGAUUGAAAAAUCGCGUGUUAAUGCCUCAUUACAUUUUACCUAAAUUAUCCAGCUAACCUUUUCUUGAUUGCUUCAAGGAUUCAGGUCCUGAAGAAGGUAUCUACCAAAGCUGCUUGAUUAUGGAUGGUUGCUUAUUAAUUGUUAUCUUUGUAUGUGACUUGAGUUGGGUAUUUCAUUCUGUCUUUAUUUGAAAUUGCAUUCUGCAAAGGUUCUUUAACCCCUUUGCUGUGCGUGCCAUAGUACUACGGGUUUGAGGUCACUAUCGGUGCCUUAGUGCUUCGCCAUUAGCUCAGCUUACUCAGAUAAACUGUGAGCUGUAAAUUUGGGCCUAGAUAUGAGAGAAUGGGUCUAUGCAGUAAGUGUGCACCAUAUAAAAAGAAUCCUGCAGCACGCAUUGCAUAAUGAGAAAAAAAACUCUUGACUGUGUUUUUAGUCUAAAACAGCGACUUUGCGGUGUAUUUUCUUAUGGUUUUUAUGUUUUUUUUCAGUUUCUUGGUCUCAUUUGAUAGAAUGGAAGAUACAUUACAGAAAUAGAGAUGAUUUUGAAUGGUUUCAGGGCUGAAGAUAGCUUGAAAUGGAGCACAGAGUGGCGGAAAUGUUCAAUUUUUCAGAUAUUCAAGAGUAAACAAAUUACGUCACUCAUGCCAUUCACGUCCAACUGGUGGGUCUAAUAUGCAUUCACAAAUGUGCUGAUAUUAUUUGUACAAUUAUUACAAUAUUUCAUAGCAGUAAAUUUGUUUUUUGUGUGAAUAAAAAUUCAAAAUUAAAUUUGUGUGUAAAGCCUGGGAACACAAGUAAUGAACAAAGGAAAUGCUAUUUUAAUGCCAGGAAUGCCUGCAUUGUUUAUUCUUUACCCAAUUUUGAAACUGGAAUAUUUUGAAAUUUGUUUGAAAUUGGUCAGAUUACCAAUAUCUAAUCACCCUUAUUUGGUAGUCAGAAUAGUUAAUUUGGGAAUUUCUUGUGCUCAGUCGAUAAAAUGGAAGACAUACUAGCAAAAUAGCUAAGAAUUUGGUGGAGUGGAACAGUGUAAUUGGCCUAAAAGAGGACUUGAAGUGGGCAAAAUUGCCAAUGCAUAAAUAUCACUGACACAGUAAAAUUUACAAAAGCUUAAGUUUGCCAAUUUUCCAUCAAAUUUCAUACUUUUGGUUUCAUUACUUGUGGAAGCUGUAUAGUCCUUGUGGCUUAGCGCUUCUUUUUGAUUAUAAUAAUAAUAAUUACUUUUGGAAAAAGAUUCUCUGUGAAUUCAUAAUUUUUUUUUUUUAAAUUCUUGGAUUCUUGAGAGCAAUUCUCACAUUAGUGGUCAGGAUAAUGACAGGGUUAAGGAAUGCAACUCAGAUUACAUGAGUAGUAUUGGGCCCUUUUGCAUCAAGCGUGUAUAAUUUGAUCAGUAUUUUUGCAUAAUGUUACAGUCAUGUUAAUAUUUUUUCUAGAGUUAACAACUUGAAGAUAUUUAUUUUUUAUAAUGAUGAUUUUAGUGUAUUUCGUAAUAAUAUGAAAGUAAUCCUUCAAAACAUAUCUUGAAUUUCUAUGGGAUUUACAGUGUAUAUUGAAAACUUUUAUUUUCCUGAUGUAAGACAAUUAUUUUUUGUUUGAAUAUAAUUUCAUUUGAUGUACAGUAUAUAGUGGAUCCUCGGUUAUUAGCCAUAAUCCGUUCCAGAAGGUCGGCCUAAAUCCGGAAAGGCUGAAAACUGAAAUAUUUCCCAUAAGAAUGAAUGUAAAUCCAGUUAAUCCAUUUCAGACACCCAAAAAAUAUUAACAAAAAAUACAUUUUUUAAAGAUUAACUAUAGUUUUACAUACAAAACAAAAAUGAGAAAUAAAUAUAAAGCACAAAUUUUAAUGAUAAAUGAACAUUACAUACCAUUAUUGAAGACUCUUGUUGGCAUAUUGAAGAAUUCAGGAGGGGAGAGGGAGUUGGGAAUCCUCAACUCCCUCUCCCGUCUUUGUAACCCCUGGGCUACACUACACAGCCAUAUUAUUACACUACACACCCAUAUUAUUACCAUGUUCACUGAGCUUAAUUGUUUCUAACAGCUACCUUUAGAUUCAUUCAUAAACAAAGGGAGAAGUAAUGAGUAAUUCAUGCCGAGAAUUGUAAACAAACACACAUGAAGGGUGGUUACUGGGUGAGACGCCAGAUUCACAGUUUUCUUUAAUGCUGAAUCAGUGAAAACGUAAAGUUUACUCUCCACUCGAUAGCAUAUAAACAUUGCAUGUUUAUAUGGUAUGUGAUGUGUUUCUUAUAUAAUUUUGAAGAAAAUAUCAUAGCUAGAUUAAUGAAAAUGUCUAUAUUAAUCUAAAAUAAGACAAUGUUCCCAUGAGUGAUCAUUAUUAAACACACAUCAUGUAUAAACAUUGCAUGUUUUUAUAUACUUACUACGAAACAUGUUUCUUAUAUAAUUUUGAAGAAAAUAUCAUAGAUGGAGUAAUGAAAAUGUCUAUAUUAACCUAAAAUAAGACAUUUAAUGUGCUCAAGAGUGAUUUAUUAUGCAUCCACUGUGGCUGAUCUCAGAAAUAACAGCUGAAAACCUGGAUAGAAUUUCUGCCAAAAAAGCAGGCAAAAACCGAAUUGGCCGAUAUCCGGAAUGGCCGAUAACCGAGGGUCCACUGUAUUAAUUCUGGUGGACUGCUAGGAAUUACUGCCUAUCAACUUUGAACUUCUUUCACUGUUUUAGGUUUCCUGUGCUGAAUCAGGACUGUCCCACUAGUCUGAAACCCCUUUCAUGCCAGACACAAUCCAGUUAAAUAUUAAGUCGUUUGUCCUGUUUGGAUGUUCCUCUGUCAACAUGACUAUUUAAUCAGGUAAUAAGCCAUUGUUCCUCUACACUAGAGGAAGGUGAUGGACAUACCUCUUGUUUAGUACAUAAACCUUGUUAUGUAAGUCUGGUCUUAAGAGGAACUUUUAAAGAGAGGAAAAUGAGGGCAAAACAGAUGACUUGAAAGGAGGAGUCAUUAUUUGUUUCUGUACUUUAGUGUUUAGGGAUGAUGAGUUACUAGGUAAGACUUCCUUUGAACAAUGGCAUCUCCUGCUCACUAACUUGUCAAGUUAUAAGAUAGUGAAACUGUACAAAGAGGCCAGAGAAUUAACUUGCAUUUAAGCGGUCUUGGGUAAUUAAGAUUUAUAUGCAAAUUUCAGAUGUCAUCAUAACUGACAGUUGUCAAAACAAUCCCUGAGAUUAAACAAUACUCUUCAUUACUGAUGGUGUGUAUGCCAGUGCAUGGCUAAUGUCCAAGUUGGAAAGCAAGUAAAUCAAUAUUAGCAUCACAUGUACUUAUGGAGAGUAAUAUUGAAGUGAUGUAACUCACAGUUGACACCACUUUCAACAUUAUUGUAUGCAAAUUUUGUUCCUGCAGUCAAUGAUAUUAUGUUCAUGGGAGAGCAUCACAAAUAAUAAUGUAGCAAGUUAACCCAGAUUCAUAAAGUGCUGGUACUGUUUGUAUAUUACUGUGCUCAUCAAAGCCUACAUAGGUUAAUGCAGUUCCACUGGAUGAUAAAUUGGACAUUAGGACUGUUCAUUUACGUGGUUUACAAAGCAUCAUUGUUUAAGAAACUUUAAUGGGUUUUACCCAUCUUUCCUGUGUGGCUAAGUGUUAGUCAGGUUAUGGAAAGUUUACACUGAUCCUGUGGUUGUCUCCUUAUAUCACUUCAACCAAAAACACCGAGUUGACUCAUGACCUUGAAAUGCAUUUGUCGUUCUAAUAUGAUCAACAAUAAGUUAACUGAGGGUAAUAUUACGCCAAAACAAGUCAAAACAAGUGUAUGAAGUUUGGUAUUAUUAGGCAGAAAUAUAGUGUUCAUGAUUUUUCUGUCUUGCAGAGGAAAUAUUCUCAUCUUCUCAGGAUUUGUAAAUGAGAUUAUCUGCAUUUAUAUCCUAGCUUAUCAAAUUAUUCUCAAGUUAUUUUUAUAAUGCCUCAAAAGAAAUAGGUUUAUCCUAGACAGCUGAUCAGAUUCUUAUCAACAGUUUUUAUUAUUCCCCAAAAGCAAUAGGGUUAUCCUAGAUAGGUUAUAUAGUACCAUGAAAUGCCUGCUUUCCCAUUACCACUACCUCCUUCGGUUUUAGGUACUUUUGGUGCGAUUACCAGUGGUUUAUCAGAACCAAUACAACACACAGAGUACUUAUACCACAUUGUGAAGAAUGAUAAAAAUAUUUCUGUAUUUUUUGGCACUGUUCAUUAUAAAUAUUAUGCAGAGAAUUCAGAGUUUGGAAAUUAGGAGGGGGUAUGAAGUCAGCAAAAGUAUUAUUGAGAGGGCUGAAGAAGGGUUCUUGAGGUGGUUUGGAUAUUUAGAAAGGAUGAAGAAAAUUAGGAUGAUUAGGAGGGCGUAUAAAUCUGGGGUGGAGGGAAGAUGGGGUAGGGGUUGUCCUAAGAGAAGUUGGAGGGAAGGGAUUUAAGGUUUUGAGCGCCAGGACGUGCAGCAGUGAUUUGAGGCAAAUGGUUUUUAUUUGACAUGCAGUUAGAGUAUGAACAAGGCAGCAUUUAUGAAGGGAUUCAAGGAAAUUAGUCAGACUUGAGUACUAAGGGAGGGGGGGAUGUUGCAGUUUGGCAGGUCAUCAGAACUGGAUGCUCAUGUCCUUUGGUUAAGAGAGUGAUUGAACGAGUGACCAUGUAAGUGUUCUAUUUGUUGGAUCAUCGUACCUUGGUGGGAAACAGCUGGAGUGUUGAAAAAAAAAAAAGCUUUGGUAAACCACAAACACUGCUGCCUCCACAGGUAAACUG